AUGGCAUCGAAUAGUUCUACUAUCACAGUUUCCCGUCAUAAUGCUCAAUGGGAAUGGGAAGGGGAUAAGAGUAUUUGGCAACAGUAUCCAAUUAACGUACAGCAAAGUAUUUCUCAAGCUUUUGACGCGGGUAAAAAAGAAGUUGACGUGGAUAUUACUGAUGAGAUAAGUAUGACAAUAAAAUUUAUUGAUAUGAUCCAAAUGAACAAGAAAACGAAGUUUAUGCGUCGUAUUCGUUUGUGCUUGGAAAUGAAGGACGUGAGUGGAUAUUCUGUUUAUGAAUGGCAAAAUGAGAAUAAGAAAUGGGAAAGUUAUAUCGCCGAAGUGAUGAUUAAGAUAGCCGAUGCAAUCAACAAUGAUCAAACAACAUUAUCGGUUACAUGUCAAACCCGAUCCUAUGAUAUCGAUCUGAAAAAACUGACGCAAACAAACACAAGUACCAAUGUUGUUCGUAAAAUCCGCUGUGUUAGAUCAAUGACAAGACUACCGUUGAAUGGUCCAAUAAACGUGCCAUCUAAUAAACGUUCGCUAGAGAAUGAUGACGAACCAACAGAGAGUACUACGAAAAAACGAGCCGUAUCAAAAUCAACCCAACCCGAAGCUAGUUCAAUACGUACAGUAACAACAGUUGCCGGACAGGCACCAGUGGACACCGCGUGUACAACCAUGUUAGGCAAAGCUCACGUUUACAGCGAAAAUAAAGACAUAUUCGAUUGUAUGCUUAAUCAAGCAAAUGUUGGGAAUAAUAAUAAUAAAUUUUAUUUGAUUCAACUUUUGGAAGAAAAUAAUAACAAAAAGUAUUAUGUUUGGUUGCGUUGGGGCCGAGUUGGUUAUACUGGACAGACAAGUAUGGAGACUUAUGGCAGUGAUUUGAAUGGUGCGAAACGAGCAUUUUGUUCAAAAUUUAGCGACAAGACAAAGAAUGACUUCUAUCACCGAGAUACAUUCACUAAAUAUCCAGGGAAAUAUGAUUAUGUUCAACUGGACUACAAUCCAUCGACUUCGAAGAAAAGUGAAGAAGAUGAGGAAAAUAAAAAGAAACGUACUGAAGCACUGGAAGAACUGAAAAGUCGACCUAUACCAGAAUCGAAACUUGAUAAACGUGUUCAGGAUCUGAUCGAAUUAGUGUGCAAUGUUCGUGCCAUGGAAGAAGCAUUACUUGAAAUGAAAUUCGACGCAAAAAAGAAUCCACUCGGUAAACUCAGUUCCGCUCAGAUUAAAGCUGGUUAUGCAGCCUUAAAAGAAAUCGAAACAUUCAUCAAAGCAGGCAAUCUUGGCGCUCCAUUCGUUGAAGCAAAUAAUACGUAUUACACGCGAAUUCCUCAUGAAUUCGGUCGACAUGCACCACCAUUGAUUCGAACAACUCAACAAUUAAAACAUGAGAUUGAACUGCUUGAAGCACUCGACGAUAUCGAAGUCGCAUUCAGUGCUUUGAAAACCGAUACGAACACAUUUUUGAACCCUGUCGAUCAGCAAUACGAACAACUGAAAUGUCACUUACAUCCAAUCGAGAAAACGGAUGAUAUGUAUAAACUCAUUGAUAAAUAUCUUCAGUCAACUCAUGCAGCAACACAUCAGCAGUAUAAAAUGCAGAUCGAAGAUAUAUUUACCGUGGAAAGAGAGGGCGAAAAAGAAGCAUUCAACGAUGUUGGGAAUAAAAUGCUACUUUGGCAUGGCUCUCGUUUAACUAAUUUUGCGGGUAUCAUGACUCAAGGUUUACGUAUCGCACCACCUGAAGCUCCCGUGACCGGAUACAUGUUCGGCAAAGGUUUAUAUUUUGCUGAUAUGAGUAGUAAAAGUGCCAAUUAUUGUUAUACAACACCUGCGAAGAAUACUGGUCUCGUUCUUCUCUCUGAAGUCGCACUUGGCAAAUGGAAUGAACUAUUGCAUGCAAAUAGCAAUGCUAAUAAACUACCAGCAGGUUUAUCGAGUGUCAAAGCGCUUGGCUCAGUUGCACCUAAUCCCCAAAAUGAAAUCAAACUAGAUGGAGAUAUAACGGUACCUAUGGGUCCCGGUGAAUCGGCCAAGGCAAAUAAUUCCAAAGGUUACACAUUAAACUAUAAUGAAUACAUUGUUUAUGAUACGAAACAAGUCCGGCUACGAUAUUUAAUUCGUCUGAAAUUUCUAUACAAUUAA